CACAACACGCACAGAAAACAUAUAAACUAUUUUUUCAUGCUGUUUGGGUGAGUGAAUAUGGUUUCGAACUAUUGAACCUCGAACUGAUCAAUGAUCAACCCCUUUGCUGUUGUCCAAAUCGUACAAGACCCACGUCGAAGACUCCAAAAUCUCACUCUUUCUCUCUUCUUUUCCUUGUCGUUAACAAAACCAAACAGAGUCACCCAAAAUUACCAAUCAUCGUGUUGUUGCACGAUUGAUUAUUCUUCGUGAUUGCCGUGGUCUUUCUCGUCAAGAACCACGGCAAAAUAGUUCAAGAUUUGUAGCGUAUUGGUGGCAUGCACCAUGUGGGUACGUGAACAAGAAAGCUGCUUGAUUAAUUAAUUGUGUUCCUUUUGUUUGUUUUUCUCUGUGGGCGUGUCAGUGUCGGAGGAAGAACAAGAAGAAUAGCAAGAAGAAGAAGAAGAAGAAGAAGAUGAUGACAAGCGAGAGAGAAGUAGCGAAGGUGCAGAGAGAGAAGCUAGCGGCAUGCAUGACUUGUCCUCUAUGCAAUAGGCUUUUCAUUGACGCCACCACCAUAUCUGAGUGCCUCCACACCUUUUGCAGGGGAUGCAUAUAUGAGAAGUUAACAGAUGAGGAAGUGAACUCCUGUCCAGUGUGCAAUAUAGAUUUAGGUUGCUCUCCACUAGAGAAACUAAGGGUGGACCACAAUGUGCAAGAUUUAAGGGCUAAACUCUUCCCUUUAAAAAUAAAAAAGGCUGUGGCACCUGAAGCUCUGCCCUUAGUUCCAUUGCUAGGCAAAAGGAAAGAGAGAUCUCUGUCUUCAUUGGGGGUCAGUACACCAAGUGUAUCAGCCCAGUCUGGUCUGAUUGGAAGAAGACUGAAAAGUGCUGCAAGAAAGCGUCAUUCUCUACAAGAAUCCACUCAUUCUGUUGACAGGCCUGUUAACGAAGUGGAAGAUGAUAAGACAAUGGAGGAUUCCCCUGUAAAUUUAAGCUCACUAGAGACUCUAUGUGAAAUUCCACAAAAUGGAAAGCAGAAUUCUUCUAAUGUUGAGUCUAAGCAACACAUGUCUAAUAAAGAUACAGAGGACCAUGCGAAACCAUGUGAAGGGAAAACUGACAUGUGGAAACCCUUGAAUGACCUGGUGGAAGCUGCAAGCAAAACAAGGCCUAGUAAGUUGACCAGGCAUGGGCCCAUGGACAAGCCAGUGCUGUCUAAUGGCCAUGACAAUGAAGCGCAUGUACCUAAAACCAAAAUUAAGGCACAUGGUAAUAAAUUAAAAGGCCAAGGAGAUGAAAAUGGCUCGACUCCUACACCGUCAGGUUCAAGGAAUCCUAGAAAGGUGCAAGGUGUUCGACAAAGAAGAGCUGUCUCUAAGGGAAUGAAGUUGCCAGCACAAGCCAUGGUUAAAGCAAAUAGUAAACGUGACAGAAGAUUUAGUCCAAUUUGGUUCUCAUUAGUCACUUCUAAUGAUCAGGGACAAGAUGCACCGUUGCCACAGAUAUCCUCUUGCUACUUGAGGGUUAAGGAUGGUAGUUUACCCGUUUCAUUUAUCAAAAAGUAUCUUGUGCAAAAACUGCAUCUUGCUAGUGAGGCUGAGGUGGAGAUCUUGCUGCGGGGUCAGCCUGUGAUUUCUACACUGCAACUUCACAACUUGGUAGAUUUAUGGUUGCAGGCAGCACCAUCAUCAGAAGGAAUAAAUACGUCUGUGGGCAGCUCUGCGAAGAAUUUUGUGAUGGUUCUGUCUUAUUGUCGAAAGGCUCAGCUAAAAUGAACAUGUUUCAAUGAUGCUUAGAGUCAGCUGUAUCCCAACAAUUAUCUCAGCCAAGGCAAUCUGAGGCAGCACAAAUCUUCCCAGCAUGCAUUUGCAUGGAAAAUCUUAAAUUCCCCUAUGUUUUAUUGCGUUCAGGCAUGCAUAUACAUGCUAUGUGGAUAUAUAUGCGCUUUCACUAUAGGAGUUUUUCUUGCUUUAUAAAACUUGCUCAUACUUAAAUGAAGUAAUAUAAGAUGUGAUGCUAGCUUAAAUUAUGGAUACAAAUUAAAGGACA